GCAGGGCUCGGGGUGCGGAAGGGGGCGUGGCCAGAGGCGUGGCUGGGCGCUCUGCGGCCAUCUUGUGGGGGGGCCCGGGACGGAGACGAGCCCGAAAGGGCGGGGCCUCGGCGGCAGCGAGAGAGGCGUGGCCGGGGCAUCUCGAGGCGGGGCCUGGGGCUGGAUCUGGGAGCCAGGAGCCGGGAUCUGGGAACCAGAAGCCGGGAGCGGGGAGCUGGGAACCAGGGCGGGCGGCCGCGGCCAUGAGCACGGUGGACCUUGCCCGCGUGGGCGCGUGCAUCCUGAAGCAUGCGGUGACUGGGGAGGCCGUGGAGCUGCGGAGCCUGUGGCGGGAUCGCGCGUGCGUGGUGGCCGGGCUGCGGCGCUUCGGCUGCGUGGUGUGCCGCUGGAUCGCCCAGGACCUCAGCGGCCUCGCGGGGCUCCUGGACCAGCACGGUGUGCGUCUGGUGGGCGUGGGGCCCGAGGCCCUGGGUCUGCAGGAGUUCCUGGACGGCGGCUACUUCGCAGGAGGGCUCUACCUGGAUGAGAGCAAGCAGCUUUAUAAGGAGCUGGGCUUCAAGCAGUACAACAGCCUGAGCGUCCUCCCCGCAGCUCUGGGGAAGCCUGUGCGUGAUGUGGCUGCCAAGGCUUUGCCCACUCCUGACAGGCCAAGGCUGUUGGCAUCCAGGGGAACCUGUCUGGGGACCUGCUGCAGAGCGGAGGGCUGCUGGUGGUCAGCAAAGAAGUCCCCAGGCGAUUAUGUCCCCCAGGAGCACAUCCUGCAGGUCCUGGGCAUCUCUGCGGAGGUCUGUGCCAGCAACCCGCCUCAGUGUGACAGAGAGGUGUGAGGGAGGUGAAGGCCCUGGCCUCUGAGGAUGUGGACGGCGGCUGCUGCCCUGGGUGAGCUGGAAGUCCACUUGGAAGAACCGUUGUGGAGUCGCUGGGCCGGGAUGCCGAACCUCUCCUGAUCCGCCGGCAGCAACGAGCCGUUAAAACUGCAGUUCCUGGCUGGGCACGGUGGCUCAAGCCUGUAAUCCCAGCACUUUGGGAGGCCGAGAUGGGCGGAUCAUGAGGUCAGGAGAUCGAGACCAUCCUGGCUAACACGGUGAAACCCCG